CACUAUCACUCAGCCAACCUGGACAGAAGUUACACUGAUCUCAAAUGACGCAGAGAAUGGCGUCUACCGGUCGGUCAAAUACCGUUCCCCAGCCUGCAAAGGCAUCUCCAUCCCAUUCCGACUCUUUUAUACGACCUAGACAGCCGAGCCUUGACCUGGAGCGCGACAUUCUUUCCACGCGUGGCCAGCGCCUAGCAGGAUUGAUACGGCGGCGCUCACUGUCCUUCUAUGACUCCGACGGCUUUGAUGAUAGCGACCGAUGGGAUGAGCCUAUUGCUCCACGGGAGCGAAUGGAUCGUCCUCCCUUCGAACGUGCAAAGCGAUUAAUCGGAGACAGGAGCCCCUUUUAUCGGUGGCAAUUUUUUUACCGUGACCCAGCCACUUUAGAAGGCUUGUCGAAGCCGCUGCGCGAAUACUACGAACGGAACAAUGAUCUCAUCUCACAAUACGUCUACAUCGAUCGACUGCUUGACUCGUCCUUACCUCAUCGCCUAAUUGUUGAUUAUCACAAGCCUCGUGCUUUACUGGAUGCACCCUCUGUAUUUUCGGGGAACGGAAGCACACGCGAAUCCGGGCCUAACAGCAAUGCCGACAUUGGAGUUGACCCCAGCCACACAGCGAAAAUCAAACGGACCCCGCGCAACCUCUACCGUAUCCCAGAUGAAGGCACCCCUCUGCUGUCGCCGCCAUCGGAAGAUAACCUAUCAACACCACCUGAGAUCAUGCUCAAGCAUGACGAUUUUGUUGAGAGCGGGGAUCGAAUAGUCAUCAUCGCUAUCUACGUCAACUUCAUCGCCAACGUGAUACUCCUGGCAGCUAAAAUCGUCGUCAUGUCAAUGACAAGCUCUCUCUCAGUGCUUGCCAGCUUGGUCGACGCAGCAUUGGACUUUCUCAGUACUACCAUUGUCUGGGUGACGACGACCUUGAUUAACCGACAGGACCGCUACCGGUAUCCCAUUAGCCGACGUCGCUUGGAGCCGCUGAGUGUGCUGGUCUUUGCAGUUGUGAUAGUAACAUCCUUCGUUCAGGUGGCUUUGACCUCUUUCAGUCGACUGCUCUCGUCAGAUCAUUCUGUAGUAGAGCUUACAAUACCCUCUAUCGCAGUCAUGGCCAGUACUGUGAUUAUUAAGUUGAUUUGCUGGUUUUGGUGCCGGCUGAUCAAGAAUUCGAGUGUCCAGGCUCUAGCACAAGACGCCAUGACGGAUGUGGUCUUCAACCUAGCGAGUAUUCUAUUUCCGCUCAUCGGAUCAUUCACCAACACUUGGUUCGUCGAUCCCCUCGGUGGCCUGCUCCUAUCGCUAUAUGUAAUCUGGAACUGGAGCAGCACGGCCAGCGAGCAUAUCGGGCAUCUGACUGGGGCGGCUGCAUCCCCCAAAGAUCACAGCAUUCUUCUCUAUAUGACCAUGCGCUUCUCCAAGGCCAUUCUCAAGAUUCAAGACUUGAACGCGUAUUAUGCCGGGGACAAGCUCAAUGUGGAGAUGAAUAUCGUGCUUGAGCCGAGAACGAGAUUGCUGGACAGCCACGAUGUGGGUGAAAGCUUGCAGUACAUGAUUGAGAGCGUGCCGACCGUGGAUCGAGCUUUUGUUCAUCUGGAUUAUGACCCAUGGAACAUCCCUAGCCACAUGAACCAGCAGGAAGCAUAGGUAUCGCAUGUAAACAAAGCAGCUGCAGC